UUUAGCUAUCGAGCGUCACUUCGAAAAGCACGGCUAUCUGCAAAAGCAAACCUAGAGCGAGCGCGCAGACAAGAAAGAGAGCUCCUCGUACAAUCCCUCGCCGAGGCCGGCUCCGAAACAAACACCUCUGCCGGCGGCAGCGCCGACGAUGCCCAGCUGGCGGCCCCGCGACCGCCGCGACACAACUACGCACAGCAACAUCAUCAUCAUCGAACACUGCAGUCGAGCCUGUCCGAGGAAGACCGGCAAACGGUCGGCGCGAGCAGCAACGUGACCAACGCCCUGCGCCGAACGCACGCCCUCAUCGCGGCGGAGCUGACCAAGAGCGAGUUUGCGCGGCAGACGCUCUCCGAGUCGUCGGCCGCGCUGCGGAAGCUGGACGAGUCGUACACGUCGCUGGACGGCAUGCUGGCCAGCUCGCGGGACCUGCUGGGCACGUUGCUCAAGUCGCAGAAGAGCGACACGUGGUACCUGCAGACGGCGCUGUACAUGCUCUUGGUGACGGGGGCGUGGCUCGUGUUCCGGAGGCUCCUGUACGGGCCGCUGUGGUGGCUCGUGUGGUUGCCGCUGCGCAUCGUGUUUGGGGUCGGGACCAAGGCCGGGAGCGCGGUGAUGCAUAGUCGGGGAGGGCCGGGACAGCAGUCUGGGACGGCGGGGACGGUGCUGGAUGGGGAGAUUCGGGUGGAUGGGAUGCCGGAUGAGAGCUUGCCGACUGCAGUGGUUGGAGGGGAGAGGAGAGUGGUGGAAGAGGGUGGGGAUGAGUCGAUGGUGGACAAGGUUGGCAAGAUUGUGGAUGCAGUACGUGAGGCGGAUGAGUUGGGUUCGAUACCUGGGGAGGUGGAGGAUACCUAUGUGGACGCGUUGGAAGGCGAAGAAGCAGAGGUUGUCGUAGAGGAUUCACGUUCCAGAGACGAGCUAUGA